CACCUGAGUUGGCUGUUUGUUACCCAGGCAACAAUCGGAAAACAUAUGGGGAAACAACUCGAUUGAUUUAGCCAUAUUUGAAAACGACUGGAGCAGCAUGGACGACUUGAAGAUAACGCAGGAUGAUCUGCGACGGUUGCGGGAGAGCUGUCUACAGGGAAUCCGCGAGAGUGAACUCUACCAGCUGCGGAACGACGCCAAGCUUCGGGCUGUCCACAGCACCCAGAGCUACGAGGAGUUCAAGGACAUUGUAGAUGCAGCUCACCUGCGUCCCGUCACCAAGGCGGACAAGAGUAAUGCACAGACGAAGAGUCGCUUGUGGAACUCUGCCACACGUGAAUGAAACUAAUGAUCCCCAAUAAAUACAUUUGCACAGAGUA